CGAAGCGAACCCCGGAAGCUUGCUCGGUACUGGUCGCUGUCUGUUUUGUGAUGUGCUGCUGCUGCUGCUGCUGCGGGUACGGCUACGUUGGAGCUGGCGUUUAGCUCAAACGGGACAUCACAAUGUAUUAAGAAGACGCCCCCAACAAAAGAAAUUAGGAUUAUUAAGGUGGCACCCUUCAUGCCAUUCUACAUAGUGCUGGUCCAGGAGGUGUGAAUCACAGCAUGCUAUUGUGAAGAGGAAACCUAUUAGGGCAGGAUGCAGUCUUCAAACCACCGACUGCGAGAUAUGGAGCAGCACCACCCGCUGCUGUCGGCAGGUGCAGAUGUCGAGACAGGGAGCCUGGCAGCCGGAGUUAUGGUCGGGAGUCCCCAUGCGGGUCACACAGCGGGGAACCGCACGCUUUGGUUCAUUCAGGACAGCUGUGGCAUGGUGUGUGCAACCAUGACCUGGUUCCUUGUACUGUAUGCUGAAUUCGUGGUGAACUUUGUCAUGCUGCUGCCCGCCAAGAAUUUCUGGUACUCGCUUCUGAAUGGGGCCACCUUCAACUCCCUGGCUGUGCUUGCACUGGCCUCACAUCUGCGCACCAUGUUGACUGACCCGGGUGCAGUUCCUAAGGGCAAUGCAACCAAGGAGUACAUGGAGAGCUUGCAGCUGAAGCCUGGUGAGGUCAUCUACAAGUGCCCAAAGUGCUGCAGUAUCAAGCCUGAGAGAGCACACCACUGCAGUAUUUGUAAAAGAUGCAUCCGGAAGAUGGAUCACCACUGUCCCUGGGUCAAUAACUGUGUGGGAGAAAAGAAUCAGAGAUUCUUUGUUCUUUUCACUAUGUACAUAGCCUUGAUUUCUGCCCAUGCCCUGGGCCUCAGUGGAAUGCACUUCUUCACCUGUAUUAAAGUCCAGUGGAAUGAGUGCAGUGACUUCUCUCCAGGGGUGUCUGUGCUGCUUCUGAUCUUCCUCUGUCUCGAAGCCAUCCUCUUCCUCACUUUCACAGCUGUAAUGUUUGGUACGCAGAUCCACUCCAUCUGCAAUGAUGAGACGGAAAUUGAACGUCUUAAAAACGAGAAGCCCACGUGGGAGCGUCGCAUGAGAUGGGACGGAAUGAAAGCUGUGUUUGGGGGUCCGCCCUCUCUGCUGUGGUGCAAUCCGUUCACAGGCCUGCGUCUGCGGCGCCUGCUUCUAUUAACCUACAGUCGCCGCGGUGGCUUAGAGUUUUCCGUCUGAGAGCAGGGCAGCCUGCUGCAGCUCAACCAACCGCCUGUAAAGCAAGACUUCUUGUACGCCCCUGUUGGCUGGGGCUAAGAUGGACCCCUGCUCCCUGAGCCUGUUUUUUGUGCGUGGGUGACAGGGAGACCGGCUGCUCCAGUGGGACCCCGGCGCAUCAAUCAACCACAACUGAAAGUUUGUAUUCUCACUCUUACGUGCUGACGUAGGCCGAACACUUUCGGUCUGCACGAGUAUGCUGAACAACUGGAAUAUUGUUUUUAACAUGAGCAGCUUUUGGGUUUGUUUGUGUUUUUAGGUAAAGCAUGCAGUAUGUAACUCAAGUGAGUCUUUUCUUCCUUGUGAGACCAUCCAAGGUGCUGUUUGAACUCAACUUAUGCACCUUCAGUACACAACUUCGGCAGUUUGUUUUCUCUGCUACGCACAUGAGAUUCAAUAUAUAGUGUUUGAGUUUUUUCGAGGGGAUAUCAGCAACAUAUCUUUCAUCAUCACUGGACCCAGACGAGGGAAUCUUAAAAGGGGAAAUGCUUGAAACUGUUUCUGUUGGACCCAGACGAGAAUCACAGUCAAGGACAUGCACUACUCACAUGGCACUUGAGGGAAAAAAACCUGCAUAUGAAGCACAGUGGACAUCAGAAAUGGAACUGUGCUGCCUUGAUUUGCAUGUAUGACAGCUCAAUCAGUCAGCAUCUCAGCCAGAAAAUGAGGCUUUCACCAUCUUCAAAUGAAUGAACAGGCUACUGUGAACACAAGCCUCAUUCUUAUUCAAGAGGUCUGGGUGGCUUUUUCCUCUCUGCUCAUCAUCUUUGUCAUGUUUUUCCUGCCUCGGGCUGAAGUUGUUCAUUCUUUAGGUUUCUCCAGCCAGUUAAAUUAAUUUCCCUUUUUUUUAAUAAACCGCUGAAGCUUCUUUAAUUUUCAGUGACCACUCCUCAGCAGUUGACCAUAAUUUCUCACUGGAGAUGACUGCUGUUAUUCUGAAUCUUCAUUUGCGGAGGAAAAAAACAUCACAAUUUUGUAUUAGUCAUAUGUAUGUGUUCAUAAAUAUGCCAUUCCUCCAUUCUUCUACAUGCUGCUCCACAUCUUAUUCUCUGCAACAGAUUGGUGACACUCACACCACUUACACCCUGUGUUCUCAUAAUGAAGCGAUUCAGGUUGAACAACUUUGGCUGCUGAAAAGACCGAAUGUUAUUAAGUUUGAAUUGUUUUACUCAUACUCAGUUUUUCUCUGUGGAAAACUGGAGGCUACUUGUAGGAAUCCAUAUGCAAAAGCAGUUAGAUAAGACUUCAUAGCAUUUAAACCCUGAUGAUAUAAAAAAAAAAAAAAAAAAAAACCUUACAAACCUCCCCAAAACAGAGCCAAGUCUCAGACGUGGUGGCUUUGCAUGCUCCUUGGCCACGAAGUGGUGCAACAUUUUGAAAAGGAGAAUUAAAAAAAACUAGUACAACCUCCUCUUAUUCGUUGUGAGCUCAUUCUGGUCCACAGAGCCAAGCUCCUUUGUGCAGCCAGACUGUAGAAUUAUAAAGGCGCUGCUUUGCUGAAAGAGGCUGAGGUACCAGGCUCAUUAUACAAGCUUUAAUACUGAACAAAGUCUCGGGGAGCUCAGCAGAUGCUUGUGAGGCCUUUUUUUUCUACUUCACUCCAGAAAUGUCAAACCCGUAACAUCUAGUGGCAGGACAGUAGCACAUACUUUUCCAGUGUUAAUAGAACACUUUUCCAUGCCUUUAAAAAUCAUUCAGUCAAGUGAAUUUAUCAGCUUGAAAAAUUUUGUCAUUAUUGCCAUAUUUAUGAAAGUGUACUCUCACUUUGUGACAUAUAUGUCUCCUAUUUUUACUCAGCAUAAGCAACGGGCCUGUUUGCACUGGAUGAAUGUGGCUUUUUGAAUCUAGAGUGCAAGAUUUUAAAAUCCUGACUGAUAGGCUGGUAUUGUCAAAGUGUUCUCAGAUUGUAGAUUCACAAAGUCUCAUUUUUAUGUCGUGUUGGGACAAUGUACUGCUGUUUGUUCUCAUCUGUGGUUGUCAGGAGAGGGAACUCUUAACUCCACUGUUUACACUAAAUGAUGAUUAUCUACGCUCUGUGGCUAUAAUGUUUCGAGACACAUGCUGUCGUUAGAAUGUAAAACUUAUCUUUUUUGGGGACUAAGGGACACAGCACUGAAAGCUAACUGAUAUCAGGGGAUUUUAUUAAUGCUGGCCUCUUACUUCUCAUCUUAUUCUGCUCGACUGCAUCACCUCAGCGACAGUUUUUGGGUUAAACGUUGGGAGAAUAUCACUUUCUUAUUCAAACAAUGUCAUGCUUUCUCUGUAGUCAGCAUGGUUCAUUCAAUGAGUCCUAACAUGCUCAAUGUACUUUUUAAUGUAUGAGUAGCAAAGUGAAAACAAGUCAAGUUAAGCCAAACACAAGGCAUGUCCAUACAAAGCAUAGGCAUUAGAGAGAUUGUAUUGUAUCAGAAAACAAGAGGAAAAGUCAUACUGUUUAGUUUUGCAGAUGCACAAAUAUUUUGCUAAUCAACCAACAGCUGUUAUUAAAAAUAAUUGCAGGUAUUAUAUAUUAGUUGUAAAAUUACAUCCAGAGCCAGGGAGAGGCCUAGAGUCAAAAAAUCCCAAAUGCCAUUAGAACACAAGUGAGUAUCUGAAACAAGAAAUUAUGUAAUGGUGUGCAGGACUAAUACACUGCUAACCCUUAAAUUGUAUUUGUAGGAAGUAGGAGAACAUCAGAGCUAAUCAUGGAUUGACAAAUAUUAAGUGUUGUCUGGGUAUAAAGCUUGGUUGAUGUAUACCAUUUCCUAUUUCACAAUAGGAUUAAUCCUGUUUCAUGAUCAAACUCAGAUGCUGUAAUCAAAAUGUCUUAAAUUGGUAUUCUGUUACAGGGUAUGCAGUUCAGCAACAGAAUCAGCGAAUGAUCAUUUUUAAGGGGUUAUACAGUAAAUGUAUUUUGAGCCUGUCUCCACUUUCUGCUGUAUGACCGAGAUGAACUACAAUCAACACGGGGAGAGAAAUCUACCAUGUGUAAAGCUGUGUUUAACCAAUACAACACUAUUCUGUCAGAGGCUUCUCUCACACUAGUUGGGGAUUUGUGCAGAGAAUCUAGGAUAAAGAGCAUUUUGUGAUGUAUAGUAAUUAUCCUAAACAGGCUGGAUGUUUAAUCACAGAUUUACCAUUAACAUUGCCAUAGAAAGUUGAGAAUGGUUGAGAAUGGUGAAUCCUACUCUCGUGAGAGAACGUUUCUUCAAGAACAAAAGUCCUUCAGCUUUAUAAACAAAGUAUAAAGGUUACUAUUAACAAUAUAUAAAUGGAAUGUUUUAUGCUUUUUUUAAUUAAUGUGUCAUUAUCUUAUAAUGUCUUCUAUCUUUAAUGUCAUUCUUUUACAUAAUAAACUUGAUUAAAUUAAA